AUGAUAACAACAUCAACUCCCGACACUGCGAGUCACGAUCACUUUGUAUCGAUUGAGACACCUAAGCCUGAACAUAACAAAACGUUAGAUUUUUCAGAAUCUCCUAAGUUCACGCUUCAAUGGCUCAAUCUCAAUCUGAAGACUACGAUAAUGAAUCCUCACACGAAACAGGCUGAAGAAAAGAUUAUUUUAUCGAACGUUAGUGGUACAGCUGUACCUGGUGAGCUCCUUGUUAUAAUGGGUCCUUCUGGUGCAGGUAAAAGCUCGUUACUUGACUGUAUUUCUGGACGUAAUAAGGCUGUUGAAGGAGCGAUUUAUGUAAAUGGACAGCCGUGGGAUGAUGCGAAAAAGAGACUUGCUUCUUACGUCAUGCAAGAUGAUUUAUUCUAUCAGACUAUUACAGUGAAGGAACAUUUGGUAUUUCAAGCGAAACUACGCAUGGGUAAAACAUUUACGGAAUCUCAAUAUUUAAAGCGUGUGGAUGAGGUCAUGGAGCAACUUGGACUUAUGAAGUGUCGUGAUACACUUAUUGGUGGAGUGACAUUGCGUGGUAUUUCAGGGGGAGAAAGAAAACGUUUGUCAUUUGCGACGGAAAUAUUGACAAAUCCAUCGAUUUUGUUUGUGGAUGAACCAACGUCGGGUCUGGAUAGCUUCAUGGCUGAAACAGUAACGGCACAAUUACAACAGAUUGCUCGCGAUGGUCGUACAGUGAUAGCUACGAUUCAUCAACCAUCAUCGGAGCUAUUCGCACUCUUUGAUCAAUUAUACUUAUUGUCGGAUGGAUCGACAGUGUAUCAAGGCAAAGCGUCCGAGUCAGUGAACUAUUUUGCUUCUCUUGGAUUUCCAUGUCCAUCGUUAAUGAAUCCCACCGAUUAUUUUAUGAAACAGCUUGUUGUUAUGGACAAGGCUACAGAUGCAAAUGGUGUCGCACGCGUGGAAAAGAUGAAGAAAGAAUGGGCAAUACGCCAAACACAGCCUUCGAUUCAAGUAUCGAAUGAUAGUGUAAAGAUCGAAGAGUAUCAAGACUCGCGGUUAAACUUUCUGGGUCAAAUUGGUGUACUGUCACAUCGAAAUGUAGUCCGCUUUGUACGUGAUCGACUUGGCUUUCGAGCGGCCAUCUUUCAAACGCUUUUUAUCUCUCUCAUCGUUGGUCUUAUCUAUCUCCGGCUUGAUUUGGACCAAAAGGGGAUUCAAAAUUUCACUGGUGGCUUCUUUUUCUUGAUUGUCAAUCAAACUUUUGCUUCUGCAAAUCCAGUUUUCAUCUCAGUGCCGAUGGAACUUCCAAUCAUUAUUCGUGAAUAUAGAGCCGGGCUUUAUCGUCUCUUUUCCUGGUAUCUGUCGAAAAAUAUGAGCGAAAUUCCAAUGCAAAUUCUUUUACCAAUUGUAUUUUUCGUCCCAGCGUACUUUUUGAUUGGUAUUGGUCAUGGAUUUGAUGUUUACAUCUAUCAACAGAUUAUUAUCAUUCUCGUUAAUAGCUGCGCUGUUGGUCUGGGAUAUAUGGUUUCCUGCUUGGUUCGUCGAAUUGACAUCGCUCCAAUUAUUGGAAUGAUCAUUAUCCUUCCCUUUCUGUUGUUUGGAGGACUUUUGAUCAACAGUGAUGAUUGUCCAAAGUACUUUAUUUGGAUUCAAUAUAUCUCCCCAAUCAAGUAUGGCUUUGAAGCGAUCAUGAAAAUAUUCUGGAAACAGGUGCCAUUUAUCGCAUGUGACGACGCUGUUGAAAAUUGCACUGCACGUUCUGGAACUGAUGUGUUAAAGAACUUUAGUUUGCAAUCACGGACAGCUUUUGAGGAUGGUGUGAUUCUACUGGCUAUCAAUAUUGGGUUUCGUACUGUUGGAUUCAUUGGGCUAUGGCUCAAUUUACGUAAAGAGCAUUAA